GUAAUGCACCUUUACGCUGGUUGCCACCCGCCAUUAAACAAAAAAGAAGAAGAAGAAGCACCUGAACGCAGCAAUUUAGAUUUUAGGCGCGAAUUCCCGCCGCACUGCUCCUGCUCCGCCACACAUCAAAACAAGACGCAUUAAACCAACGAGAAAAUGGUCCCUACAAUCAAACUGGCUAUAUCGGACACGCUGAAAGAUCUUAGCAAGAGUGAAUUGGAUACGUUUAUUUUCCACUUGCGUGACCGCAGGGAAGAGCCACUGAUCAGACGGAGCUCUUUGGAGGGUAAAAACUUGCAUGAGGUUACAGACCUCUUGGUUUCCACCUUCACCGAGCUCGGAGCCAAAAAAGUGACAAUGGAGAUACUGAGGCAGAUUAACUGCAACGAGCAAGCAGAGAAACUGGAUUCGAAGACCAAAGCCUGUACGGACAAAGGUGACCCUACCUUCCGUAAGAUCUCAGACAGGGAGUUGGAGACGAAGCCCUCACAAGAGGCUCUGAACUAUAGGGCUAGCCGGUGGCCCUCACAAGCUGCUCAACACGGAGGUCCUCCUGUGAAGAAGCCAGAAGAGGUGGAGGCUGAGGCGAAGGCCCAAAUUCGCUCUGAGGGUGGAGACCUUAGUAAUGAGAGGCUUGUUCUGAGCCGGUAUAAGAUUCAGUUUGGCCAGUACCGAGGUCAACCCUUCAAAUGGCUGCUGGAGAAUGAUGUGGGCUACACCGCUUUCAUUGUGGCUAGCCACCAGAAGGAACAUGAGCACACAAUGCAUCAAAGCCCGUUGAUGGCCAACAAGGAUUCCUUCACUCGCUACGCAACUGCUUACCCUGAGAUUUUGACAGAAGUCAGAUUUCAUCGUGCAUACGAGAACGCCAAAGCGAUGUCACUUCAGCCAGGCCAAGAGGGAAAGGCCCUUGUUGGCUUUGGUAUUUACCGAUGGGAGACACUGCAGGGCCUGUACACAUCAAAGAACGACAACAAAAUCAGCUAUGUCAACUUUCUCCGCAACAAGUCAACCUGGGAACCAGGGUCCAAAAUGGAGGCUGCUAUCAAAUACAUUGUACAGCGUGACAGACAGCGCGCCAGGGGGAGACCAACCAGAGGGAGAAGUGCCAGACACCAGCCUACAAGUGUCUCAAGGCCCAUACAAAGGUAUUGGAGAAGGAGCUGGAGAAAGACACCAACUCUGCCCCGUUAGUCUGCAGGGACAUGACCUCCUGUGAC